AUGAUGCACUUUUACAACCCCUACAUGGUGGCUUUCUCGGCCACCAUCGGUGGUAUGCUCUUUGGCUUUGACGUUUCGUCCGUGUCGGCGUUUGUCGACAAUGCUACAUACAAGAAAUACUUCAACUACCCCGACUCGACCGAGCAAGGUGGAAUCACCGCCUCGAUGGCGGGAGGUUCGUUCGUGGGCUCGCUCGCCGCGGGAAAGCUGUCUGAUACUAUCGGCCGAAAGUACUCUAUCCAGGUCGGCUCGCUGAUUUGGAUUGUGGGCGCCGCGAUCCAGUGCUCGUCGCAGAACCGCGCGCAGCUCGUGUGUGGUCGGUUGAUUGCCGGUAUCGCGAUUGGUAUCUGCUCGUCGCAGGUUCCUGUGUACCUUGCUGAGCUUGCGCCCAAGAAGAUCCGUGGUCGUCUCGUCGGUCUGUUCCAGUGGGCUGUGACGUGGGGUAUCUUGAUUAUGUUUUACGUCUCGUACGGAUGCACGUUCAUCGACGGCCCGGCCUCGUUCCGCACCGCAUGGGGUAUCCAGAUGGUUCCCGGCGCGGUCCUGUUCGGCACCCUUUUCUUCUUCCCCGAGUCGCCGAGAUGGUUGGCGUCCAACGACAGAUGGGAGGAGUCGAUCGAUAUCAUCCGCCACGUGCAGGGCAACUACGGCCAGGAGGACACCGACGAGGUUCGUCUUGAGAUCGAGGAGCUCAAGGAGGCUGUUCGGAUCGACCAGCUCUCGGCCGGUGUCACUUACUUUGAUCUGUUCAAGAAGGGAUCCCGUCUUCGCACUUUUGUCGGUGUUACCGCGCAGAUCUGGCAGCAGCUGACGGGUAUGAACGUCAUGAUGUACUACGUCGUCUACACCUUCGAGAUGGCUGGCUACACCGGCAACACCGGUCUCGUCUCGUCGUCGAUCCAGUACGUUAUCAACAUGGUGAUGACCGUUCCCGCCCUUCUCUUCAUCGACAGAUGGGGUCGUCGUCCUCUUCUCAUCUUUGGCGCCAUCUCGCAGUGCAUCUGGCUGUUUGCCGUCUCCGGUCUGAUGGCGCAGUACGGCCACUACGUCGACUCGCUCGACGGCAACACAAACAUCCGCUGGUCUGUUCCCGACAAAACGGCCGCCAAGGCGAUUAUUGCCUGCAACUACCUGUUUGUCGCCUCGUUCGCCAUGACCUGGGGUCCUGGUAUCUGGCUCUACGUCUCUGAGAUCUUCCCCAUGCGCCAGCGCGCGGUCGGCAACGGCUUCUGCGGUGCCUGGAACUGGAUCUUCAACUUUGGAAUCGCGUUCUUCGUGCCCCCCGCGUUCACAAACAUCCAGUGGAGGACCUACCUUAUCUUUGCCGUCUUCUGUAUCUGCAUGGCCAUCCACGUCUUCUUCAUGUUCCCCGAGACCAUGGGCAAGACGCUCGAGGAGGUCGACAUCAUCUGGGAGGAGAACAUCGCGCCGUGGAAGUCUGCCAAGGUCGACGUCUCGCAUAUCGCGGCCAACAGACAGUUUGCGUCGGCGAACAACGAGAAGUCGACCGAGGUUGAGCAUGCGGAGGGCGCCGAGCAGGAGAAGACGGAGAUCGCCUCUGUUUAA